GCAGCCAUUUGCCAUAAACAAAACACUGUAUUCUUAGGAAAACAAAUCGAGAAAGGAUCUCUCAAAUUUGCACCACAGCCAUCGGAGACCGGAGCAUUAACGUCGCUGCCGUCGAUUGCAGUGAAUAUUUCUCUCGGGUAGAGAAAUAGGCUUUCAUCUUGCUUUCUAUUCUUCAGGUAGACGGAGAACUCAUAGCUGAUUUUGACCGGAUUCGAGAUCGAGGAAGACGGGGUUUUCAUCUGUUGGAAUUUGUAUUGCUAAUUAGAUGGGAAAUAUAUUCGUGAAGAAGCCCAAAAUCACCGAUGUAGAUCGAGCAAUUCUCUCUCUCAAAACUCAAAGGCGGAAGCUUGGGCAAUAUCAGCAGCAGCUUGAAACUGUGAUUGAAGCAGAAAAGCAAGCGGCGAGGGACUUGAUUCGUGAAAAGAGAAAGGAUAGAGCCUUGUUAGCAUUGAAGAAGAAGAAAGCACAGGAAGAAUUAUUGAAGCAAGUUGACACAUGGCUUAUCAACGUUGAGCAACAAUUGGCAGAUAUUGAACUAGCAAGCAAGCGGAAAGCUGUUUUUGAUAGUUUGAAGGCAGGUAAUGAUGCAAUUAAGGCAAUACAAAGUGAGAUCAACCUAGAUGAUGUCCAGAAGUUAAUGGAUGAUACGGAGGAAGCUAAAGCUUAUCAAGAUGAAAUCAAUGCAAUAUUGGGUGAGAAAUUAUCAGCAGAAGAUGAAGAGGAAAUCCUAGCGGAAUUCGAGAACCUGGAAACUCAGAUGGCCAUUCAAGGUAUGCCAACAGUGCCUGUUACAGCACCAUCUGAAGAACACAAGAAGGAAGAACACAAGCAAGAAAAGAAGCCGGAACACAAGAAGGAAGAAAAGAAGGACGAAAAGAAGAAGGAAGAACACAAGAAGUUGGAUCUUCCUGAUGUGCCAACCAAGGCACCAGUUGCUUCCAAUGUGAUUGCUGAUUAUGCUGAGUUAGCUUCGGCUAAAGUUCCCAUAAAGAAGAAAGUUAUGGAGGAACCACUGCCUGCUUAAUUGGGGAAACCAAAGUACAUUACAAGGAAGUUUCAUCACAAAACUUUCCUUUCAGCAAUAAAAGCAAUUAAAACGGGGAAAGUUGCAUCAUAGACAUUUCUUGUUACCUCCCAUCUAUCAAUGUUUGUCAUUGGUUUCUUUCUGCUUUAUGCUUUUUAUGUUUGUAUACAUACAUCUGACUGAGGAGGGCAAACAUGAUUAUUUCUAAUGUUAGAUUUGUACAGAUCUGUAAAUUAUCGAUCGCAUUUAUAUAUUAUUGUUCAGGUUUUACACAUCUCUUCCAAAAGCGUUGAGAUUUAGAAGAUCAGUGAAUACUGGAUUCUUAG